AUGAGGAAAAAUUUAUUGGAAUUUAUGAUUACAACUUAUGAUAGUAGUAGAAAGCGAUUUAUCAUUCGUCCAAAUACUGACGACAUCAGUGUUCUUAAUGAAGAUGUCUAUGACAUAUUCGAGCUACGUAACGAGGGUGAUGAUGUCAUUAGCAUGAUAGCAACAGUACAACUAGGGAUGGCAACGGGUCGGUCAUAUGAUGAUGAUUUUGUGAGAAGGGUCGUACUGGUUCUUUUGGGUACAGUCUUAGCACCACAAUCCACCAAGUUUGUUCCUUAUCGUUAUUACAAAAUGGUGGAGGACGUGAACGCUAUCAAGUCAUACAAUUGGAACGAUUUCAUGUUGGGGGUGUGCAUGGAUGCUAUUAAAAAAUCAGUCGAAGAUCUUGAAAAAUUCAAGUGGCCUAUCGGGAACUUGGCUCUUCUUCAGAAACGGAAGGGAAAAAGCGAGACGACUAUGACAACAUGCACGGGCGUGGCACCGGCAAUAUUGAAAACUGCGUUAGCAAAGAGUACAGACGUGCUAAGGUUGAACACGGAUGGUGUGCUGUACAAACCCAAUAAGAGGGACAACAAUGACGAAUUUGAUAAUGUAGGUGAAAGAGUUGGGAUGGAGAAUGGCCAGUACAAGUCAUUAAAAUAUUGGCCAGAUAUUGAUUCACCUACCGAUGUAAAGAUAGAAACAUCUUUCACAGGUAUCAAUGAUACAUCCGUGCCCGUUGAUGACACGGGUGCUCCGGCGACGACACCGGGUAAAGGUGAAGCUACUGAUCAUUUCAUUAUAGACGAUAAUGGAAACUCUCCAUCUUUGGCAUCAACUGUACGUACAAAAGACUGUCCUUCUUUGUCCCGAACCCCGCAGAAUGCUGAUAUUUCUGGUGAGUCUAUGGAUGCUUUGUCACCAACUAAGUCUGAAGACACGUUCGAGAGUUACCCGGCAGAGAGCAACAUAGGUAAUGGUGAAGGCAGUCAGGAAAAUGAUGGUAAGCGCAAAAGAAAAAAGUCGAAAUAUUGCCAAUCCCCCUACGACAUUCUCGUUACCCGCAAGAAACGUGUUAAAAAAAUCAUCAAUGCAUAUUUUAAACACCUGCAACACCGUGAUUUUUCUGAUCGUUACAUAUCAACAACGUGGUUCCCCAAAUUUAUGUUGAGUAGGGCAAGGGGAAAGACCAAGUCAGUAAAUGAUUUAGACUCAGAACAUGUUACAAAGAAAACAAAAUUCAUCACAAGAGUAAUGGAUGAGUAUUUUAGACGGGACAAGGCGUAUUUUCCUAUGGACGUUAAUGAUAAUCAUUGGAUAACCAUAGUGAUGCACACCGUCAAAGAGGAGUUUCAAGUUCUUGACUCAAAUUCUAAAGGCGCAAUUAGCCAAAGAAUUCGCAAUAUGAUUACCACCCUGGCCAACUCAACUCUUGAAUCAAAAAAAAUUCCAGAUGUCUCAACGUGGCCAAUUAAUGAGUAUAAAAUGCCGAGACAAAAAGAUGGAGUGUCUUGUGGACUUUUUGUGAUGUGGUGCAUAAAAUACUGGGACGGAGAUCGCUGGACACAUGAAUUUGACCAGGAACAGAUUAAUGAGUCAAGGCCACGUAUUGUCGCGGAAAUCAUUUUUUCAGAGGUGAAUAAAUUAGAGAAGGUCAAGAUGAAGAUUGUUAAAAUCAUGGAGAAGGAAUAG